UAAGUCUCCUCGUACGUCUCUCAUCGCCGGAUUCCUCUAUUCUCGUUUCUUCGCUCGUGUUUGCAUAAACCCUAGCUUUGUGGAUUCAAUUCGUUACCAUGGAUCAACAGCCUGAACCAGUUACAUACGUCUGCGGAGAUUGUGGACAAGAGAACACUUUGAAGUCUGGGGAUGUGAUCCAGUGCAGAGAGUGUGGUUACCGUAUUCUCUACAAGAAGCGUACCCGUAGAGUUGUUCAAUACGAAGCUCGCUGAGAACCGCAACCCCUAAAGAUGAUUUGAAGUCUGCUAAGAUGGCAUUAAGACGUUUCCUGCAUCUGUUUGUAAUAUAUCUGGACUAGACAAUCUGUUUCUGUUUUUGGCUACGUGGUUUUGAUUUGAUUGCCAAUGACUGUGUAAUCUCUUUUAACUAUUUGGUAAAUGAAGAAAUCCUAUAAUAACGGAUUCACAUUGGUAGAAUC